AUGGCACCAAAAUCAAAGAAAGGACGUGGGAAAACGGUUAAACUAACCGACUUCAACGAGAACUACGUACCAGAGGAUGCCUUAGACUGGGCCGAUGACGACUGGAUGAUCGAAAAUCAGGAGCAGAAGAAAGACGAAGAGUGGAUCGCCAGACGCCAUGAGUUCAGCCGCACAGCAAACAAUGCCUUAGGCAAGGAAGAAAGCUUCCGCACGGCAGACAUGCUGCAGCCGGACACAAAGAACGACUGUGAGCUACACCCGCCGUACGUGGCCCACUUCGGCAACCUGCGCAACGGCACCACCGAAGACGCCUUCCUGGAUAUGUUCAACAGAGACGUCGUCGUGACGCACCGCCUGAUCUCGCAGGAUGGCAAGACGUUCGCCUUUGUAGAGUUCAGCUCCGAGCAGGCCCUCCGCGUGGCCCUCUCCUUCGACGGCACCAUCCAGCGUGCGCGGAAGAUGUAUGUGGACUUGGCCACCACGAAGCAGAUUGAGCGGCUUCUGAAUCGGGGCGGCGGGGGCAUGAAGCUAGGGAUCACCCGCGAUGGGGCGGGAAAUGAGGCCGGGAUGCCCGAUGUGGAGUUCUCCCGCGACGCCUUUGGCGGGCAGCAGCAGCCGGACUCGCCGAUCACCAUCACGGACAGAAGCAACUUCGGCUCUCGGCAGGAUUUAACCACAAUGGGGGAGUUUUCCCGCGACAUGUUGGGCACCGCCCAGCCCGCGUCCCAGCCUCAGUCCAGCUUUCUUUUCUCGGAUAAUGCGAACUCCCAACUUGACCUGGCGAACUGGCGAAACGAAGAAACGGUGGUGCAGCCGGACAACCGCGGCAUGCCAGAGCGCAACCAGAGCAUCCCCAAGUUUGAGCAAUUCCGAAGCGGUACCAACACGCAUACCGAAAAGAACAACAAGCGAAACAUCCCAACGGCGUCAAUGCCUUCGGGUAAUUGGCGUGAUGAGAAGCCCGUUGAGAUACCGCCGCCGCAGGAGGAUGACAACACCGUAUUGAAGAAAAGAGGGGAAGCCCCUGCGGAGAUGGGCAGAGGACGUGGCAACGGUCGCGGGCGCGGGCGCGGUGGGGGUCUCGAAAAGACUACCACAAAAGACCCCUCCCUAGCUGAGAAAGACUGGUCGAGCUUUCGGAAGUGAACAUUGCUUAGGGAAUACAUGCAGUAUAGAAAUCAGAAUGAUACGGGAUAGCGCGUCAUUGACAAACACGUAUAGUUCGAAAUAAUGCUUAAUACUUUUUCAUUCUUUUUUUUGCAUCGAUAAGUAUUCAUCUGUGUGGAUGAACAAGAAUUGUGUGUUUAGCUUCGAAGUAGUAGCGGAGCUAUGUGAUUUGGCUUGAAAAAUAAGUUGGAUUGUUUAAGCCCUUCCUGUAAAAAGAGUUUAAUUAGGUAAGCCAAUUAGUAAGUUAACGAUAACGUGAAGGUACGGUAAUAGAUAAUGUUGCCACUUAAAA